UGCAUUUACUAGUCCAUCAAUGCGACUUCCGAGUCUUCCAUGCACGUUAUGUGUAAGGAUCUUCAAGCCUACACAGCCUCCAAAGCGUACGAAUCUCUAUCCGCCUUGCAUUUUCAUCCUACAGAAUUCUUCCGUAGUUCCGAUCCAUGAGGAGCGUGACUGCAGUGCAAUAUAUAAAGAAGUGUCUUCGCCCGAAACGAGAGUAUCAAGCACAACAAUUUCCCGAGUCAUCCCUCAGUCCGUCCAACAAUGGCGAAGACAACCUUCAUCCCUGUAGCCCUCCUCACGCUCCUGCACUCCGCUGCAGCACAUUACUACUUCCCACACCUCAUCGUCAACGGCACCAUAACGCCCGAGUUCAAAUAUGUCAGAGACGUCCGCCCCCAUGAAGGCGACUACAGCGACCCCGACGGUUACAACGGCAAAGAAUACCCCGUCUAUGGUGAAUUCGAAGACACAUACAUGACCGACGUGCGCUGCGGCCGCGAUGCCUUUGCCUACGGCGCCGCCAAAACCGACACUGCGACUAUAGUCGCAGGCAGCGCGGUGGGCUUCCACAUCAAAGUUCGUUUCCAUCUGCUGCACUCUCGAACCCCCUUUCGCAUUUAUACACCAUGUGGCACAUUCGCUAACACGUCCGGGACGCAGGAGUUCGUCGACCCCCAAUACAACAACGGCAUCUUCCACCCGGGCCCCGCACAAGUCUACAUGUCCGCCUCCGCCGACCCAGCCAAAGACGACGGCUCCGGCGACUGGUUCAAGAUCUACUACCUCGGGCCGUCCAGCAACACCACCUGGGCCACCGACCGCGCGACGCAGAUCAACUUCACCAUCCCCCUCGCCACCCCACCAGGCCCCUACCUCCUGCGCCUGGAACUCCCCUUCCCGAUCAAAGACUGGCCGGGCCACAGCCAGUGGUACGUGAACUGCGCGCAUGUAAACAUCGUCGGUGAUGGGACGGGCACGCCAGGACCUACGAUUCGGAUUCCGGAUGAUUACACCUCGUAUGACGAGGGCAUUGGGCUCACGACGCCUGGGGUCGACUUCGAUACUGGACUGGAUUGGUAUGUUCCGCCUGGGCCAGCGCUUUGGACGGGAGAGGAAGGGAGCGAGAAGCGUGCGGUGGAGGAGGGAUGGAGGAGGGAGGUUUGAGCGGUGAAGUGGGGUGAUGCUGAUGAUUCAUGGGCGGAUACCUUGAAAGACGCUUUGCUAUUCAGACUGGACCACAAUCGUGAUGUGCUCGUCUCUUAAGGGGAUUAUGAUUGGAUAUCAUUGCUCGAUUAAAAACAUGCCGACCCCCUUCAAUAAUUUUUUCGUGCUCUGCUCAUGGUUGUGUCGAUCGCAGUGAAUCAUCAGAGGCAACUCAGGAGAAGAAGAGAAAAAAAUGGAACAACGCACUGGGUCAAUUUUACUAAAGAAU